CCUUACCAGUAUUUAUGCCGAUGCUUUUAAAUCCAAGGUCUUCUAUCCCAGUUCGAAUUCCGAAGGUUGCAAACCCCCAGUACGCCCUGUAAAUUCCCACCGUGCACAGACCCUCGAAGUCCUAGAACAAAGGUAUAUCUGACCUAGGCUACUAUCUGUCGACCUUCAAGUUGCCUUUCAACGACCGUCACCUCAUCGUUGGCUUGUCAUAGGUUGCAAUACAUAUAUAUAUAUAUGCAUGGAGCCUGAAACAGAUUACUAUCAGAUUGGGGGCUUCCGAGCUCAUUCUGAAGAAUGGUUCCAGAUGUACGAUGACAAACCAACAAUAGAUGCUAUUAUGAAUUACGAAGGUCGCGAACUCAGGCCUGGAGGUCCUGGCGCGCCUAUCGAGUUGGUCUUAGGAAUUCUGCACAAUGGUGCUUCAUACGUCCUCAUGACAUCUCAUCAAAUGUGGGCAUUCGUCCGGAAGCACCGCUUGCGACCUCCCAGAAGACCGUGGAAAGUGGACAAAUUCGCCUCGCUAUCCCCGAUUUAUUUCGCUACAAAGAAUGACCUUCAGGACAAGCUCAAGACCUACAAGGUGAAAUCCCAAAAGAACAAAAAGGAGAAGGAGGACAACAGCCCUGCCAACCGAGGUUUCAUUCAACUUGGGGACAGGGGCGCUCCUGGUAAUCCCCGGGCAGACUUUGAAAACCAGAGAGUCUUGUAUCGGUUGUUUAUGCAAAGCGCCACUGCAGGAGCCCUUGGACUAAUCAAUCCACUCUGGGUUGACGCAGUCAGAGUGAUCUCAAUAGUCGUAAACACGUGGCACAAGGAUAGACGUCGUGAACGUUAUGACAGUCCCUUUAUCAUCGAUGUCGGAUGGACAGAUGUGAUGAUGCCGGAGCACGUGAAAUCUGGACGAGUAACGGAAACUGUACACAUAAAGAUGAAAGGACUCGCACUGAAAAACGAGGAACAGAAUGCGCCCUUUGAGCAUGGAACCACCAACCAGGAGGGCACGGUGGAUAUUCUUUACUCGGAGAUGCGAAGACUCUUCACACAUGACGCCACCAAUGUUCCCCUUGUAGUGCUGGUCCACGAUGAGGAGAUGGUGCGCGGAGUGCUUACACGUUCCGGAAUUGAUGUUGGGUCAUUUACCCCUGUCGCUGCGCUGUUCCAGCGUGGUCAACCUCAGGUAGCACGUCUCUUCGCAUCACCAGGGAUUAAUCUGAAUUACACAUGCAGAAACUAUUACACCGAAGGUCCUCCAGAUCACCUUCCCCGCGACGCUUGAACACUGGCCCGUCUCAUUCCUCACGUGACUAUGAACGACGCUGGAAACACGAACCCCGCGAUGAUGUCAAACCCUUUUCUGUGAAACAAGAAGGCCGAUCGUCAUCAUCCGUACA